AUGGCUCGAGCAAUUGCCAUAGACCAAUUUGCUUUUAGACAAUUCGAGCAAGGCUCAACCUCAAGUUACAUCCCAUACGAAAAAUCUCUUUUUGAAGAAGAACUAAAUAAGCUUUACGAUCCUUCAAAUUUAAAGCCAGGCUACGCUCCAUUCUGUAAGCAUCUCUUCAUCAGGAAUUUCACCGAAGCCAAAAUCUCCACAAUUCGCAUAACUGAAGAAAACGAGCAUUUAUUAAGAUCUGGCUACGAAGCCCGACGUCCUGAAGAACUCCCUAUUCUCACCAGAUGAAUGCCUCUAUCCAGUAUUGGAAUUCUCCCAAUCGCCAAAUACCUCGACAUCAUAUUAUACUCCUACGAGCAAAUCCAAAAAGAAAACUCUGCCAUGGAAAAAACUGACCUAAAUUCCAAUUACGAAUGGGGCGUGGUUUCAAUUAAACCUCAAGACAUUGACCAUGAGCUGCCAAUGACCCCCAUUACUAUGAUGAGAAAUUCCCUCCCAUUAGAAUUUGGAGGCUCCGGGGUAAAACUAGACACUGAAGCAUAUAUGGAAUCAGUUGAAUUCUGGCAACACAACGCUUUAAUUAAAUAG